AUGCUGAAAGAAGUGAACCCAGGGACCCAUACGCAGUAUGAAACUGACAUUACUGGACGUUUCAAGUUUCUGUUUCUCUCUUUCGGUCAAUCAGUACGAGGUUUUUACAAAGCUAUUCGCAGGGUGAUUGUUGUGGAUGGGACAUUUUUGAAAAACAAAUAUAAAGGAGUUUUGCUCGUUGCUACAGCAUUAGAUGGCAACUCGAACUUAUAUCCGAUCGCAUUUGGGGUUGUCGAUUCAGAGAACGACUUGUCUUGGGAGUGGUUUAUGAGGCAACUAAAAGUUGUCAUUGCGGAUGAGGUGCGUUUGGCUUUUGUGUCAGAUAGAAAUGUUUCUGUAAUUAAAGCAUUUGAGAAAGUGUACCCACAAUCUAGUCAUGGUAUCUGUAUCCACCACUUGCUGAAUAAUGUGAUAACAUUUUUCAAGACACAGGGUUUGACUGGUUUGAUUGCGAAGGCUUCUAAAGAGUACAGAGUUUCUGCUUUUGAUACCAAGUUUGCUGCCAUUUGUUCUAUUAGUCAAGCUGUUGGAAAGUAUCUUCAGGACACUGGUGUUGAGAAAUGGGCACGAUGCAAAUUCCCCGGAAUUAGGUACGAUGUUAGAUCCACUAACCCAGCUGAGUCGAUAAAUAAUAAAUUGCUAACUCCUAAAGAGUACCCAGUUAUUCCUCUACUCGACAGCAUCAGAAAAAUGUUAACCAAUUGGUUUUAUGAGCGUAAAAGACUUAGCUCAAAGCAUCAGGCUCCUCUAACAUUUGAGGUUGAGACGAAGAUCGAGAGAAGGAUUGAUAAGGGUAAAACAUUCAUUGUUUACCCAGUUAGCCAGGAUCGAUUUUUGGUCAGAGGUGACAAAUAUGACUGUCUUGUUGAUUUGGGCAGAAGAACUUGUUCAUGUGGCAAGUACGACUUGCUUAAAAUUCCGUGUCGGCAUGCAAUUAAAGCAGCGUUUUCUGUGAACCAGCAGAUACACACUCUCACCGAUCAUUAUUACACUACUGAAAUUCUUGCAGAGAAAAUCGAAGAAGUCUCCCCGCAAACACGAACCAUAGCUCGUGUUUCUUGUCAGUGA